GUAUGGACAUGAUUCUGAUUAUUUAUUUCACUGUUGAAGUUUGACCUCUCAGUGGUCAAACACAGAAAAGUAGCAGGAUAUUUAUCAGAUCAAACUUUUAGAAUACUGAGGUCUGAAUUUCAGUUUGAGGGACUUUUGCAUUUUAGCUUUAAUAGAUCCACAUUCAUUCAAGUGCAGAUAUUAAAGGCAAUCGAAGGGUGUAGGUGGAGCCUGAGUGGGUGAAACACGGUGAGGGAGAGUGGGGGGCCUCUGUUCUCUGCAGACUGAAUCUGAGGACAUUCACUGACAGCCAUGGAUCAUCCAUGGACCCAGAUGUGGAAAUGGACUCUGUGCAUCCUCUUGUAUGGGAUGUCUGUGGGCCGAGGAUCAGCUACACCACAUUACAUGGUGGCCAUUCCUGCUGUUCUUGAGUCUGGAGCAGAGACUAAAUUCUGUGCCAGUCUCCUGCAGCCCACUGAGUCUCUGCUCAUGACGGUCACUUUGGUGUCACAGCACAGCAGCAUAACUCUGCUGGAGAAAACAUCCAGCACAGAAUUUAAUGAGUGCUUUCAGUUUCAGGUUCCCUUAGUGCAAAAUGAAGAUGUGCAAAUGUUUGAGGUGCAAGUGCGAGGUGCUACGUUUUCCUCGAAACAAGCCAGGAAAGUCAUGAUCAAAGCCUAUAAACUAAGAACCUUCAUCCAGACAGACAAACCAAUCUACCUUCCCGGACAAACAGUGCAUUUCAGAGUUGUGUCACUGGACUCCAAGCUGAGAUCUGCCAGCAUGUUGUACAAUGUCAUUCAACUGGAGGAUUCUAGGAGCAACAGGAUUGGACAGUGGCUGAAUGAAACAUCCAAUAACAGAAUAUUGCAGCUGUCCUACUCCCUGAACUCUGAGGCCCCUGAAGGAUCCUACAAGAUCACUGUGCAAACGGGUGAAGACAGGAAAUCUCAUAGCUUCAAGGUGGAGAAAUACGUUUUACCCAAAUUCGAUGUAACGAUACAUGUGAAGGAGGAAGUAAAUAUCUGGAAAGGAGAAUUUGAUGCUCAAGUUUGUGCGCAGUACACAUACAGACAGCCUGUCCCAGGAAGUAUUACACUGAAGGUGUGCCGACCUCAGGAAGAACGAUUUUAUAGAAGUUCACUAAGUCCCCCCUGCGAAACAAAGACAAAGCAGACAGAUAUGAAGGGCUGCGGUACAUUUAACUUUAAUAUACUCGUCUUCAACCACAAUCAACAUUUACUGAAGAAUGUUCUGGAUCUCAAUGCUGCAGUGGAAGAGGAGGGGACAGGUAUUUCUCAUACUCAGGGAAAGAGGAUAAAUCUUGUAAAGUUCUAUGGAAAGUUGUCUUUUUUGGAUGCUCCAAAGUUGUAUGAAAAAGGGUCGAAUGUGGAAGGAAAAGUGAAAGCAGUUGAUUAUGAUGACAGACCCAUUCCUCACAUGAAACUGCUUCUGUUUAAGGAGGGCAGACAUAGUCAAUGGCUGCUGCAGAACCUCACCACUGACAGUAAUGGUGUCGCUGCAUUCUCAAUAAGCACUGAUACAUUUAAUGGGGAAAUCAAACUUACAUUAGGUUAUGCAGUGGAGUCAUCUGAGGAUGAAAUUCCUUCCCUUGUGAAAGAAGGACUGACUUUGUCCGAGUUACUACCUCCUUCUCCUGACACCGUAACAAGCAGCUCUCUGGAACUAAAGAAGAACGUGUCUCUCCCAUGUGACCAAGAGAGUGAAGUCACUGUGAAGUACACUAUAGUAAAGGAAGCCCAGGGAACAGUGGAUGUGAUCUACCUGGUCUUAUCCAGAGGAGCCAUCAUCAUGCAAGGGAAAAAACAAAUUGUUUUGCAAGAUAAGUCAGUGAAUGAUGGUGAAGUGUCCUUCAGCCUGACGGUGUCUGCAGACAUGGCUCCAGAAGUCCAGGUUGUGGCGUACGCUGCUCUACCCAGUGAGGCUGUGAUUGCUCACAGUUCUGUCUUCACAACCGAGAAAUGCUUCAGCAACAAGGUCUCGCUGGAGUUUUCUCCAUCUCCAGCCAUUCCAGCAGAAGAAAUCAAGCUGCAGCUGACGGCUCUGCCUAACUCUCUGUGUGGCAUCAGCGCCAUCGAUCAGAGUGUCCUCAUCAAGGAGACUGAACACACUCUGGAUGCAGACAAGAUAUUUAACUUGCUCCCAGUCAAGAACGUACUGACUGUACCAUCUAGCGUGGAAGACCCAACAGACUGUCUGAUUGUGAGACCAAAGAGAAGAACUCCACAAGGACAAGAGAGACAAGAUGCCGACAAAGUUUUUCUGAACAUGGGACUGAAAAUGGCAACAAAUUUGAUUAUCCAACGUCCUUCAUGCCUACUAUUCCUGACAGAGACAUACAGGCGAGAUGAGGUUUUUUUCAUAAGGCCACGUUUAUGGACACCACUGGGUUCCCUCCGGAGACACGGACUGAAAUCCCGUCCACGAGGUGGUUUUGCCAUCCCUCCUCCAGCACAGACCGCUCGCACAUUCUUCCCUGAGACAUGGAUUUGGGAUCUGGUGGAAGUUGGGCCUUCUGGAACCAAGGACAUGUCCCUGUCUGUCCCAGACACCAUUACCACCUGGGAGACGGAGACUUUCUGUUUGUCCCCUCAGGGUUUUGGUUUGGCUCCUCGUCAGAAGCUCACCGUCUUCCAGCCUUUCUUCCUGGAGCUCACCCUGCCCUACUCCAUCAUCCGGGGGGAGAACUUUGAGCUGAAGGCGACUGUCUUCAACUACCUGACCAAAUGCAUCAUGAUGAAAGUGUUUGCAGCCCCCUCCUCAGAUUACACCCUCAGCCCCCUCUCUGGGGAUCAGUACACUUCCUGUCUGUGUGCCAACGAGCGGAAGACCCUGAGCUGGACCAUGAAUCCCACAGCCUUGGGCGUUGUGAAUGUGACUGUGUCUGCCGAAGCUGUUCCGUCUCACGCCUCCUGUGAGAACGAGAUCGUGGAGGUUCCAGAAAGAGGACGCAUCGAUACAGUGACACGCUCUCUCAGAGUAGAGGCUGAAGGAUCUGAGAUAAUAAAGACACAGAACUGGCUGCUCUGCCCCACAGGAGAAACAUUGACAGAGGAAACAGAGGUGCAGCAGCCUGAAAAUGUGAUUGAUGGAUCAGCCCGUGUCACAGUGUCGGUCCUGGGAGACAUCCUCGGCCGCGCUCUUAAGAACCUUGAGGGUCUGCUGAAGAUGCCGUAUGGAUGUGGGGAGCAGAACAUGGCUCUUCUGGCCCCCAACAUCUACAUCCUCCAUUAUCUUAAAAACACUCAGCAGCUGACCCCAGCCACCAAAGAGAAGGCCUUCAACUUCCUAUCCAGUGGUUACCAUAGACAGCUGAACUACCAGGACUAUGAGGGGGCAUACAGCACAUUCGGCAGCGGACCAGGAAAUACCUGGCUGACAUCUUUUGUACUGAGAUCUUUUUUCCAAGCUCAGUCUUUCAUCUACAUUGAUCCGGUAAACAUAGAGAAGUCCAGGACUUGGUUGAAUCAUCAACAAAAGCAAAAUGGAUGUUUCAAAAAAUCAGGGAAACUCUUCAACAACAGAAUGAAAGGUGGCGUGUCGGAUGAAGUGACUCUUAGUGCCUACAUCACCGCUGCCUUUUUGGAGAUGAAUAUCUCUGUGAAUGAUCCUGUGGUGGCACAGAGCCUGUUGUGCCUCAAAGAGUCCAUCAAUGAUUUCAGCAACACCUACACCACAGCUCUGCUGGCGUACGUCUUCACACUGGCUGGAGACAUGGAGACCAGAGCUCACCUCCUGCAGCACCUCGACUCAGUGGCCAUCAAAGACGGCAGCUCCAUCCACUGGUCUCAGAGAGCAGCAGAAACAUCAGCCUCUCUGUCUGUGGAGAUCAGCUCCUAUGUGCUCCUGGCCAAACUCUCUGCUUCCCACACUGCUGAAGACCUGGGGUACGCCUCAGGGAUCGUUCAGUGGUUGACGACUCAGCAGAACUACUACGGAGGAUUCUCCUCCACUCAGGACACGGUGGUGGCUCUUCAGGCUCUGUCCUUCUACUCCAGUCUGGUGUUCAGUCCUGAAGGUUCCAGCACAGUGACAGUUCAGUCUCCCAGUGGUCUGCUGACCUUUGAUGUGACCCCAGACAACAAGCUGCUCUACCAGGAGAAGAUGCUGCAGGGCGAGGCAGGAAAGUACAGCCUGGAGGUGAAGGGGACUGGAUGUGCCUCAGUUCAGAUUUCUCAUCAGUUCAACAUCCCAACCUUUACCGAUGCCACCACACUGAGAGUGAAGGUUGAACCAGAGGCUGACUGCAGCGUCACACCUCAGAAACCCAGACUGAACAUUCAGCUGCAGUCCCUGUACAGUGGAAAGGAGAACACUACGAACAUGGUGAUUGUGGACAUCAAAGUUCUGACUGGAUUCGCUCCAGUCUCAGAGACACUGAAGAAGCUCAGAGCUGCUCAGCUGGUGGACCGUGUGGAACACAAGGAUGAUCAUGUUGUGAUGUAUCUUCGGGAGCUACAGAGAGGAGUAGCCAUCAACCACAGCUUAGAGCUCCAACAGGAGUUCCCAGUACAGAACCUGAAGCCAGCUGUGAUCAAGAUCUAUGACUACUACCAGCCGAGUGACCAAGCUGAGACCGAGUACAACUACCCUUGUGGUGCAGCAUGAAAAGUGAGGAUCACAUGA